AUGGGUGUCGAACUGGCGACCUGCGGAGCCGUAGUCGCCUCCGUCGUCACCCUGCUACUAUCGCUAGCGGCUAUUUAUUCGCUACAAUCCGAAAUCUCCUCCAUGUGGUUCGAAUUGGACGCGGAAAUAGACAAGUUUAAGUACCUCACGAACGACUCAUGGAAAACGAUGCUUACACUCGGUGUCGGUACUCCGUCCAAUCGUGUUCGGCGUCAGUAUGGUCACUAUGGUGGUUAUGGUGCUACUGGAGUCAACACACAGAGCAGCGAAGAAGAAGAAGGAGAAAGUUUUUCUGCAGUGAUGUCUCCACGCGUUAUCAAGGGGCGUGAAUCACAGCCAGAAUUUAUUAUACCGAACAUAUGUCAAUGCCUCGCCUACAGCACUUGUCCUCCGGGACCACCUGGACCACCAGGAGAGCCAGGUACUCUAUUUAUAAACUUGUUCCCAUAUUUCCUCGGGCGCUAG